GGAGAUAAAAGAGAAGAGAGGCGGUGUAAGCAGAUGAAUGAGAGAAUUCACAUGCACAAGAAACAACGAACAAGACACACAGAGAUACACGCUGAAGUUCAUUUCAUUUUGAUCGCACUAUUCAUGUACUAAAAGCAGCGACUGAAGAAUCUGAUUGAAGUGCAAAACUGAAUUGCCUGCUGUUCCCUGUUUGACUGCUGCAAAAGCUGUCUGUACGUGGCUACAGAAGAAGGAAAUACAUUGCGGAUACAAUAAGAUUGUGGCAGCACACCCCAUAGAACACAAGGUUCACCGGGUAUUGUCAAUUUUAAACAUGAAAUCUCCAUCUAUUGAGAAAGGUCCCCCAAACCCAAAAAGAGAGAGUUUAUCCAAAAUUGAGCCCAAUAAGGAGGAGGCCCAGACACGAGUUGACAGUGAGAAGGAUUCCGGCUACUCAGACAGCAGCUCAGAAAGCAUUGGCUCUGAAGAGACAAAAGGUGCAAGAGCAAUCAUAAAAGUCUCCGAAAUCUCACAAGUGACUGCACCGGCACAGACAUCUUAUACUCCUAUCUACAUAGUGCAGAAUAUUGUAUUGAAACAGCCAAGACUUCUUAUUCUUCAGACCCCCAAACGACGUCAUCGCAAACGCCCAACACAUACUUCUUAUCUUCCAAUUCUUCAGUCUUAUCCUCGGAUUGCACCCAAGGUUGCCCUUCCUCCAACACCAAUCAGUCCCCCAUAUUGCACUCCUCAUACUUCCACAAAUAACCAACCUGCAUUAUCACUAUUUGAGAUUUCCCUGCGAUCCAUUGCUCUCCUGCGCAGGAACCGGGAGACUCAUCGCUCUAUCAGGCAGCUACGAGCUCACACCAGACUCUACGAACUUGCAGUACGAGGUGAAGAUGGUGGGUGGGAGCGUCUGUGCAGAGCCAUGGCAAAGAGUGGGGGUUACAAGAAAUACUUAACAUCAAGCACAACCACAACAUCACCAGAAGAACUAACAAUUAACAACUAAGGCAUAACAUUAAGAGACAAGACUAUUAUGCCCCUGCAGAGCAACACAACUUCUUCAGAGAAGUAUAUCUCAAGAGACUGAAAGGGACUUACAAAUGAUGCAUUAUCAUGAAUAAUGUGAGUGACGUAACUAGGAGUUACAUCUAUGUAUAGCAUUAUAUAUUUAAUUUACUUUUUUUUUUAUCUUCAAUAUCAAGAAAAUACAUGGGGCUGAGCCUCAAGUACCAAACUUUAUGUAUAAAGCAUUUUA